GGUGGAAUACAGCUGAAACUGCGCACUAGGAUCUAUACUUUAGUACACGAAUGUUUUGGAAAACUCUUUCCGUUUUAAAAUAAUAAUAAUAAUUACAACAGAAAUAUCUAUAGAUCCACACGAUUUCGUUACAACAUGAUUGACGUGAUUUCGAGUUCGAUCAUCGGACUGUUAAGCUCCGUGUACGUAUUGUACGCGGCAGUCUUUCUGUCGAUCGCCUACUACUUUUCGACGUCCACGCACGACAAAUGGCACAAACUGAACGUGCCCCACAUAAAGCCCUUACCGCUAUUUGGCAACUCGAUGAACAUGGUCUUGACCAGGGAGCACCCAAUGGACUUUUUCGCCGGUAUUUACAACCGAUUCCCGGACGAAAAGCUUUGUGGUUUCUAUCAGAUGACCACGCCGUUCUUGAUGAUCCGCGAUCCGGAACUGAUCAACAACAUAAUGGUUAAAGAUUUCUCGUACUUUACCGACCACGGUUUCGAAACUGACCCGUCGGUGAACAUCUUGGCCAACAGCCUGUUCAUGUUGAAUGGCGAUCGGUGGAGAACGAUGAGGCAGAAGCUCAGCCCCGGGUUCACCUCGGGCAAACUGAAGGACACGCAUGACCAAAUCAAGGAGUGCAUCGACCAGCUAAUUAACGUCAUCGACAACAAUCUUAAGGUUAGCGAUCACUUCGAAGUACGAGAGAUGGUUGGAAACUUCUCGACAGAUGUCAUUGGCAUGUCGGCUUUCGGUUUGAAAUUGGACACGAUAAGAAAUGGAAAUUUGGACUUCCGCAAGUUCGGCAAGAAAAUAUUCCAGGCGGGCUUCAAACAGCUCUUUGUCCAGGCUUUGCUGUUGUUUUGUCCAAAGCUGGUGUUAAUGCUUAAGCUGAAACAGUUUCCGGACGACGCCGCUGAUUUCUACGGAUCUAUGUUCAGAGACGUCCUCGAGUAUAGGGACCGUAACAACGUCAUCAGGAACGACGUCACGCAAACCCUGAUACAGGCUAAGAAAGAUUUAGUGACAAAUAACGACGGAGACGACUCGACAUCCGAAAACAAAUGGACUGAAAUGGACAUAGUCGGAAACGCGAUUCUGCUGUUUGUCGCUGGUUCCGAAACAGUUUCUAUCACGAUAUGCUUUUGUUUGUACCAGUUGGCAUUAAACAAAGACGUCCAAGACAAACUGCGUGAAGAGAUAGUAACAACAAAUGCGAAACACGGUGGACAGCUGAACAACGACUUUUUGACCAAUCUCCAUUACACCAAUAUGGUUUUAGAGGAAGUCUUGCGUAUGUAUUCCAUCACCAUGAUCUUAUUCAGACGAGCGACGAAGAAUUACCAAGUACCCGGUCAGUCGUUGGUCAUUGAAAAAGGACAACAUAUCAUUAUACCAGCGUAUUCCAUACAUAAUGACCCAAAAUAUUACCCCAAUCCCGGCACUUUUGAUCCUGAAAGAUUUUCGACUGAAGAAAAAGCCAAUCGGCGUAAUGGCACUUACAUUCCGUUUGGCGACGGGCCGAGAUUGUGCAUAGGUAAACGGCUUGCGGAACUAGAAAUUAAAUUGGUUCUAUCAAAAAUAUUGUUGAAAUAUGAAGUCUUACCGUGUGAAAAAACAGAAAUACCUCUCAAUAUACGAGGUCCGGGAAGUAUCGUCACUCCGAAAAACGGUAUUUGGUUGAGCUUUAAACCAAUCGUCGCAAAUUAGCAAAUUCUUUCAAUACUAUACAUAAUAACUGCUUUUUUUUAUAUUAUAAUAUUAAUUACAAUUGCAAAAUACAAUUCUCUAAACGCAUAUUGUAUAAUUACACAUUUACACGUAUCUAUUAUAAAAAUAAUAAUAUUAUUUUAGUUUCAUUUGUAAACUGUUAAUUUUAUUAUAAUUGUUAUUACUUCAAUUUAACUUAUUGUUAGUUACGAUUGUGUUUUGAACCCAGGCCUUUGUGUUAUCAAAAAUAAAAUUAAAAAAUAAAAAUA